UUCAACAUAAACAAGAUGGCGGCGCCCAGCGCUAGCACGUCGAAUGCAGCAUGGUCAGUUCUUGCGAUAACAUUUUUUAAAUGCAAACAUCUGGAGGAGCAAAAACUAAUAAAAAAUGUUUCUCACUCAAAGCAGAUGGACGAUUUAUUCCAGGAACAUCACUCUCGAGACAAAACUGUCACUUACACAGUGAAGUGUAAGACGGACAUGUCAAAAUCGGCUGAAAGUUUUGAGAUCGAAGGUGGAAUGUCCGUUGGAACACUAAGUGACCGUUUCCAAAUUAAAUGUCUGGAGUUCACCUGUAUGAGUAGGAUGAAUGCGGACGAUGAGAAAGAUGUACAGGAAGUUUUAAAGGAAACAAACAAAAAGGCUGUGGAUGCGUUUAAGUUGCUUAUGGCAGGGGGAAGACGAUUGUUUACGAAAAGAAAAACUUCAAGUUCUGGUGUUAAAGAUGGAUUGUCAAGGAAGGACGAGCUGUUCAAUGAUUUGGUUGGUGACUUUGAAAAACAGGGGCUAGACUGGCCAAGUAGUCAAGUAUCCAUGGAAGGAGCUUACUUUAUUCAGAAAUUUUAUAAUAUCCGAUAUAAUGUUUAAAAACUUAUUUUGCUG